UGUUAUGAUCUCGACGUCGACAUACUGGCUAUCCUACUCCCGCGCGACCGCACUUGCACCUACGCUCUCAGCAUGGCUCGCUUUGCCGACCUUCCUACUGAGCUCGAGCUCCAAAUCGCGUCACAUCUCUCCUCCAAAGAUCUCGCCUCCUAUGCGCGCAUCGGCAAAGUCCAAGCCAAGGUCGCACGCGAGCAUCUCUACUCCGCACCGACGAUCGAACAACCAAUGAGGGGCAUCGGCUAA